CAUCGGUGCCACUGUUCCCCUGAACGUGGGCCUACCAGGGCCAGCGAGACCCCAGGCGCGGGCCGCCCUCCCGGGCCGCCUCCGGGACACGCGCGCCCCCGAGCGGCGGGUCUGGGGAACCGCGGCGCGCGGCCCGCCCCCCGCCCGCCCGCCGCGCCUGCGCACAGGGGGCCGUUUACGACGCCGUAAAGCAGCUCGGCCGAGCCGAGGGCCGCAGUUCCCGCCCCCCCAUUCCGAGUCUCCCCCACCGACGGCUGUGGCUCCUAGCGCUGGAAUGGAGGAUCAAAGCGCCCCCUUGAGGCUCCCUUAAACCCCGGGUCUAAGGGAAGCGGCUGCGGCAUGGAGGCGCGCUUCACGCGGGGGAAGUCGGCGCUGCUGGAGCGCGCGCUGGCGCGGCCGCGCACCGAGGUGAGCCUGAGCGCCUUCGCGCUGCUCUUCUCGGAGCUGGUGCAGCACUGCCAGAGCCGCGUGUUCUCCGUGGCCGAGCUGCAGGCGCGCCUGGCCGCGCUGGGCCGCCAGGUGGGCGCGCGCGUUCUCGACGCGCUGGUGGCUCGCGAGAAGGGUGCCCGGCGCGAGACCAAGGUGCUGGGCGCCCUGCUCUUCGUCAAGGGUGCCGUGUGGAAGGCGCUCUUCGGCAAGGAGGCCGACAAGCUGGAGCAGGCCAACGACGACGCGCGCACCUUCUACAUCAUCGAGCGGGAGCCGCUCAUCAACACUUACAUCUCGGUGCCCAAGGAGAACAGCACGCUCAACUGUGCCAGCUUCACCGCGGGCAUCGUGGAGGCGGUGCUCACACACAGCGGCUUCCCCGCCAAGGUCACGGCACACUGGCACAAGGGCACCACGCUCAUGAUCAAGUUCGAGGAGGCUGUCAUUGCCCGAGACCGGGCCCUCGAGGGCCGCUGACCCCGCCGGAAAUAAAGGAUGAGAGCGCACCCUU